AGUGAUCUCAAGAUGGUAGUGAAGUUUAGCUUCAGCGUGUUGUAGUAUGAAAAAUAAUUUGAAGUAUAACAUAGGGUAUCGGGAGAGGCCUAUGCCCAGCAGUGGACAGAUAAUGGCUGAAAUGAUGAUUUAUAAUCAUGAUUUAUUAUCGAGAACGUCUGUUCAUAGAUAGAUAAACUUUUUAUUUGAGCCAUUUAUGACGCACGUAAAUUUACAAAUGAGUUUAUACAAUCAGAUUAGUUACACUUUUUUAAAUAUAAUACAAAAGAUAAAAUACGAAAAUAUGGUUUCGCCAUGUUGUGACGCAAUGACCCAAAUAGGCUACAGCUCAGUGUUAGUUUUGCUUAAAAGCAAAGCACUGAUUUUCAGUUGCAGCCUGAAGUUAGGCUACACGGAUGCGUACAACAAACUCGGAGUGUAACCAACUUACCCUGUGGCUGUAAUUUCAAUGUAAAUCGACUCUAAUAUAUAUUUUUUUUAAAAUAAUGGAAUGGUAACCCCGCCUGCACUAACGGUAUACGCUAACAGGACACUAGUGAGAGGUGAUGGGUGAGAAUGAUAAGACAGCUCUGUUAGCCCAUUGUAAUGAAUACACUUUGAAUUCAGCACGAUGAUUUCCAGGGGGGAGCACGUGGAGGUCGACCUAGUUGGGUAAAUUGCUAGCAAUGGGACCCUAAGUAUUCAUUAUUAACAAUCCCUCCUCCCCCGAGACUGGUCAGUUAGUUCAUUAUAGUGCACCUGAAAUUCAGGACAAUGGUAUUCAGGAAUAACUACAGAGACAGGACAUAUUGCUAGCAAUGGGACUGGUAGUCCGCAUUACUAACAAUUCUUUCCCGCCUAUAAUAUAUAGUUGUAUGUUGUUAUAGCAAUAAAUUGGCAAUCACUACACUGACCAUGAGGCCCGCUAUAGAGUGCAUUGUGUAAAACAUAAUCCUUACUAAUGUCAUAAAUUUUUUUUAAUCAAUCAGGUCGACCUCCACGCGGUUCCCUCUGGAAACUGUCGUGGUUAAUUCUAGUGGAUUUCGUCAUGAUGGACUAACUGACCUGCUUUCAUUGUCACCUAUCAUUCUUUAUUGGUGCCCCGCCAGGGGUUAGGUACCAUUCCAUUAUCACCCAUUAAAAAAAAAGGAACGUCCCUCUUAAAACAUUUCAUUCAAGAAAUAACAAAUACUACGCGGAUAAAGUCACGGGCAUCAGCUAGUUGUUAAAUAAAUUUCAUUUAAUUAUUGUUUAUACUUAAAACAUAUUUAGACAAUGCUAUGUCAUUUUCCCUAUUCACCCCGCUUCUGUUUAGGUAACCUCGGUUCCAGUAUAAAUAGGGAUACGAAUAUUUUGCUAUAAAUAAUUAACUACUGUCUACUUUUAGAUUUUUUUAUAUUUUAUCGUAUUGUUUAAAGAACCAGAGAUACUUAGAAUAAGUAAAUAAUUGACAAUUGGUCUAAAAAAAAUGAAGAAAUUUAAGUGUGAAGGUCAAUUUUCUGCCUAUUCACCCCGUUUUAUGGUUUUUACUCUUAUGCUGUAUCAAGUGUCAAUGUCACCUAAAUUGAAAUUGUCAUAACAAACUCACGUGUUUGAUUUUGAAUUCGGUGUUGGUGUUUUUUUCUUUAUUUUCUUAAUUAAUGUUAUUAUAAAAUUAAUUUACUUAAAAUGGGUAAACGAAAGUAUAGCCCUGAAGAAGAGGGCGCGGUAAAAAAGGUUAAAAGACCAGAGCAAAGCGAAGAACUUGUAAAUGGCCAUGUAGAAAUAGGCCAACCUCAAAAACAGCAACAUGUUGAUGAUAAAAUGCCCAAAUCUAAAAAAAUAGGAGGUUUUGACAUAAAACACUUUAGGAAAGAGCUUGCUUCGAAGACUGGACAGACUAUGGUGUUGACACAGUUUUUACAAGUGUGUCUAAACCCCGACAAUGAAGUUGACUAUCUGUUGGAAUAUUUGAAGACUGGUGGCAAUUCCCAUGAGAUUCUCCGUCAAGUGAAUCAGGAAAGUAAGAAAAACCUGGCCCUUGCAACCCCCGCGUUUCACCUUUUCCACCUCAUCAUCCUUAAAGUUCAAUCAGCCUUGCCUCACAUGAUAGCAAUAACGGAAGAAGCAUGCAGGUAUUUUCUAAAUAAUUUCAUGUCAACUGUAGAAAUAAUGAUUAGUGAGAAUUCUGGACCCCGACAUAGAAAAAUAGUCCUUAAGCUACUAACUUCAAUGGUCACAUUGAAUUCAGAUCUUGGUAUCGAAGUACUGAGCCAGGCUCCUUUAACACCUAAACACCUGCAAUACAUCACUGAAAAGCCAAACUAUAAAGAGAAAGAUAAUGUGAGAACAGCAUUUGUACAUUUUAUGACAUCAUUCCUAGUUGAUGGACAUUUACCAUUGGUUAAAGCUCUGUUAGAAAAACAGGGUCUCCUAGCACUUGUUAUACCUGGUCUAAUCCAUGAUAAGGGAGAAGCGGUGUUGAUAUUUUUGAAUAUUUUAAAAAAGAAUGUUAUAGACAACACAUUUUUAUCCAAAAGUUUAAAACUAAAAACAUUCAGUCACCAAGUAUUGCAUAAUAUUUUUAAAGUGUUCUCAUGGAAAGGGCCUCAAGAAUUAAACCAGGAAGUUCGAAAUGAAUUACGAUCUGAAAUAGUGACCCUCUUGUCAGAUAUUAUAUUGACUCUAUUCACUUCUCAUAAACUUGGUCUAUAUUUUAUUGAUAACUCUUUAGGGACUGCUGAUGCUAAUAAAAACCAGAAUUUAUAUAAAGCAAUACUUACGUUGAAAAGGCCUUGGGAGGAUGAUAAAGAAUGUGAAACUAUUUUAGAUAUUGUAUAUAAAUGUCCAGAUUUACACAGAGCUGUAAUUAAUAUUAUUGAGCAAAGUUUUGAGGCACAACAUUCACCGAUUUGGUUAAGAGCCACCGAGUUUGUAAUAAAAUUACUAGACAGAUUAAAACCAGAAACUAUGGUAUCAAAAAUUAAAACAUUGACUGCCUUGCAAGUUUCAAAUUUUGUUAGAUUUGUGACAUUACCUGUGCCAUUGUUAAGAAUAAUCCAAACAAAUCUUGGUAAAGACCUAACAGUAUCUUUGUAUUGUAUUAAAAUUCUAGUAAAAAUGCUACAAACAUUGAAUAGGUACUUGCAAAUUUUGGGAAUGGAUGAUUCACAAUCACAUUUGAUGGAUUUAAAAAACAGAUUAGAUUAUUUUUUCCCAAAACACUUACCAGCUCCUGCUAUCAUAGUGACUUUAAUUAAUGACAUAAUAAAUGAAAAGGAUACUGAAGAACAAUUAAAAGACUACAGACUCCCUAAACUGAAUAAAACUGAAUCAUUAAUAUAUCUCUUGGAUUUACUGAUUCUUUACAAUGAAAUUAAACCUGCCUUCUUUGAAACACUAGAAGAUAGUAUUGAUAUGAAAAACAUUUUAGAGUUUACGAUGACUCUAGAAUCUGAAAAUGUAGCACUUCUGAAAUUUAAAGUUGUUUCUCUAUGGUUAAUUAUAGACAAUUCUGUUGUAUCAAUAAAAAAUGCAAUGUUUAAGGAAUUAUUUCUUAUUAUGUUAGAAGUUUAUACAUGUCAUAAUGAUAAUACUUGGAUCGAAGCAAAGCAAACACUGUAUAAUUUUUUUAGAAAUACCUCAAUUUUUGAAGGAGACGAAGAUGAAAUUCAUUUAAUAUUAUACUCACUGCGUAAUUCUAAAAUUAAUCCAAUUUCAUUAAUUGGUGAUAUUGUAGAAUAUAUUUUAUUAAAUCUAAAAGACUUAACUGAUUAUGUGAGGAAACAAGUAGUCCAUUUUGAAAUUUUGGAUGAAAGCAGUGAAUUGUCUUUAGACAAAUUGUUUAAUGAUUUGAUGGAGAAUAAAAAUACGGAAGAUAGUGUGUUUUUGGAAAAUAAAACUCCAACGCCAUUUAUUGUAGGAUGUAUACAGUACAUACAAACAAAUAAAGGAGCAAAGAAAUGUUUGAAACAUUUUCUAUCUUUAUAUGUGGCAAAUUUAUUUCAUUGCAAUUACUCUCCUGAGCUGACGGAAGUUUUGCUUGGUGACUCUAAAUUGGAUGUUAGGAAUUAUGUUACUAGCUGGGUCUCUCAACCUGUGCCUAUACCGAACUCAAUUGUUGAAUCAGGUAAUACAUUAAGUAAUUUAUCUAAAUCCAUAUUGGAUGAUGAAAAUGUUGCUUUAACAGACAUAUUCACAUUUAUUGAAGAAAUAAGUCCAGGCGAAAAUGGAAUAAUUAUAGAUAACGUUUGUUAUAUGGUUAAUACAGAGAAAAAUAUAGAUAAUUCUGAAAUUAUGAUGUGGGCAAAGUAUUUAAUAUUUUGUACUGUGAGAUUAUCGAACAUGGGACAGUUGAAAGAGACUCAACAGAAAAAAAUAACAAAUUACUUUCAAAUUUUGAUUGAUGUUGCAAAAAAACGGCAUAUGAUUGAUGUUUGUCAGAAUAUUAUACUGUCGUUAUUCAAAAAUCCGUAUGUUUUAAAAAUUUAUAAACCAUUGGAUUUGAAGAAUAAUAUUUCGGAUUUACUAGCAACACAAUUUCUUAUUCAAAUUAUAAUACAUCAUAGUGAUAUAGUGGAGAAUUUAGAAAAGAAACAUAAAAUAUUAAAGUCCUACCAGCAAAAGAAUUAUAAUGAACUAGUUAAAGCAUUUAUUAAAAUUAACAAAAGAAAAAACGUGAACAGUGAACAUACUUUAAAAGUGUUAGAAAUAAUUGGUAUGUCAUAUGAAGAAGAUGUGCUUAUUUUUAAUAAAAUCUUUUGCACAGAUGUAAAUAAUUGUAUAAGAGAUGACAAAGAACCUAGUUUUGUAAUAGAAAUGUUACAAGCCUUGAUCGAUAAAUAUUCAAAAUCAGUUACUUUGGAACUUCAAGAGCAUAUUUUACGGAAAUGUAUUAAAUUAUAUACUGAAUUGCUGAUAAACAAAGAAGUUGUUAUAAAUCUUACGAAAUUGGAAAAUUCAAUAAUUUCUUAUUUGGAAAACAAACCUUACGAAGCUACUCGUUUACCGGAAGAUGUCUUUAAAAAAUUCUUUCAUGCAAGUACUAUUAGGAAAUCAACGUCGCAACUUGCUUCUUUGUUACUUCAGUACAAUCCGAAAUUCUGUAAUAGUUUUAAAGAAAGUGUCACUCGACAAGAAAUAUUAAGCCAAAGAGAAUUGACAUUACCUUUAGGUAACGCUGUUUUGAAUCACAAACAGUUUUUAAUUGAUAAUAAAGAUUUUCUGACAACAAUUUUUAAAGAAUACAAAUCUAAUAUUAAUAAGUUUUUAGAAAAACCUCACAAAUCAGGCCAAGUCUAUAUUAACUGUUCGCAGUUCAUUACGAAAUUAGUAAUAGAGUGUAUGGAUAUUGAAGAUUGUAAAAAUAUGUAUGCAAAGUGUCAUAAAUUUGAAGUCGUCGAAUUAAGUCACAUAAAUUUAUUUCAGACUGUGUUUUUCAAAAUGUGUCUAUAUAAUGAAGGACAUAACAAGGAUUAUUUUAUUAACUAUCUCUUGUCAAUGCUGCAAAUAAUGAUAGUGGCAUUAAAAGAAAAUAAAGAAAGCAAUAUUUUAAUCAAUAUUGUAUCUAGUAUUUACAAUGUUAUUCAGAUAUCUAAAUCCAUUACAGUUUUUAAUUUAGGAGGAAAGACAGAAUUCCAGAAGAUUGUGGAGAGUUCAACUUGGCAAAACUUUUGUAAAGCCGUUUUGAAAGAUUCUUUGAAAAUUAAAACGGUAGACCAAGAAAGCACAGGCGGACCUCACCUCUUGUUUUUACUAAGUACUCUAGUAAAGUUGUUGUAUCCACCAGAUCAUCAAGAUAUUGUGUUGUUGUUUGACAUGGUUACAUCACACUCGGAGUUUUUGAAUGUGAUGCUUAGUCACCACAGUUCCGAGAUAAAAUCGAGAUUAGCUGAAUUCCUAUAUACGCUGAUACAAUUAAACAAAAGCGUAAUGAAAGCUCCUCAAAUACCUGUGUAUUUAAGUGCAUAUCAUGCCACCAGAAGUCCCUGUGAUAGAGUUAUACUGGCAAUAUUGCAUUUUUAUGAAAGUAAUGGUCAACCUGUUAAUGAAUAUAAACCCUACGUUUUUGGCGAUUCAGCAGCAAAUUAUUAUGCGGUCCGCAAAAAUAGAUCUUCUACAUUAUGGGGGCACCCUACACCUAACAGGGUUUUGAAUUUAUUUGAUAAAGAAAUAAUAGAGACAACUGUGAAGAAUUUUCCAGUGACACAAAAACUAGAAUACGAAUAUAAGUUACCUGCAAAUAUUAAUUAUAAUUAUGAAUCAUCGCUUGGUAUAUCUUUGAAAAAUGCUCUGUUAGAAAUGUAUGUUGACGGCGUUUUUAAAACUAAAACGGUUAAGGAUAAUGAAGGAGCAAUUAAAGAUUUAAUUUUAAAAGGUUUGCACGACAAGGUGAUGGUUGACACUAAAGAUGACGUAACAUCGGUAUCCCAUGUAGACGAUGAUGACAGUAUAUAUGAUCCAGUUUUCUUGUUUCCACUCCUAAGCCACCUCCUCGCCCCAGGGUCUGUAGCUUCAUGUUUCAAGAUAUUGCGGACUGGCCUCUUGUCUUUACCAGUAAUGGCGUUGAGUUCCCAUUGUCCGUCAAUGAGAGCAGCAGCGUAUCACGUACUUCACAGGUUCUGCAUGUUACUUGAAACUGAAACGCGACAUAAAAAUGACAAAUUAUUUCUCACUGAUUUCAUCAACACACUGCGUCAGAGUUUGUCUACUGCCAUCAAUAAUGGAAAUGUUGCGGACAAUAUUGUCGGAGAUCUAAAGAAUCCUAGACUGCCUGCAGUAGAUGCUCUUUAUUUGGCGAAAGCGCUUAUGGUAUCUACUGCGCCCUUUGACCCACUAUACAAACCGGUCAACAAUUUCUUCAUAGCAAAACAACUAAUCGAUUUAACUGUAGUCCCGGACUUCUUAAAUCUUUUCCACGACAGUGACGUCGAAUCGGCAGAUAGGAGAAUUUGGAUUCUAGAAGUUAUCAGAGACGGUUUAAAAACCAUGACCGAUGUGAAUAUUGUCUUCAAAACCAUGUGUUUGAAAAUGAUCAUGGACUUUUACUCUUCUGUAUUGAGCGAUCGUAAGACGCAAGAGAAAAUUUUGGGCGUAUUAAGUUCUUUAACAGCUAUACCGAGGGCCAUGGAAAUAUUAGUUAGCGGUUACGGUUUCAUGUCGUGGUUGCAUUUUGCUGUAAACCAGAUAGACAGAGAAGAUAGAUCUUUAUUAAAAGGACUGAUGGCUCUAAUUAGAAAUAUGUUAGAAAGUAUUAUAUUAAAUGCGUAUUACAAAAAUAUAAGUGCAUCUAGAAAUGUAAAGACAUUUGGGGAGUUAAAAAUCAAUAAAGACUUGGAAUAUGAUUUAAUGAUUAAUUUAUAUACACUGUUGCAAUAUACGAAUUGUUUAGAAUUGGACGAUGUUAUAUCAUAUUUAGAUAUAUACACGAUAUUGUCUAAAAGAUGUAUUAAGAUGUUAACAAAAAAGCAAAUGUUGGUCUUAGUGAACAAAAGCGCAGUGUCAUCGAAGAAUAGUGAAAGUGUGAAAUUGUUAACAAAAGCGUUAGUACAUAAUGAUGCCAGCGUUUUGUCUAGUAAGCAUAUUGUACAUAUUGAUCUAACUGCAACAAAUAGUUUGAUUAGAAAACUCACUACUAUAGUCCGUAGCUAUGUUAUGUAAAUAUCACGUUAUUCGUUUCUAUGUAAGAUUUUUUAUGUUAAUAUUAUAUCUUUAUAUUAAAUUGUACAAAUAUAUUAAAGUUUAUUUUAUUUAAUACUACCAAAUAUUAGGAGUUGUUUAGAAUUAUAGAUAAAAGAAAGAAGAGCAUUAACGUUUGCAACGUUAGGAGUGUUUGAGACUUU